AUGGCCGAGGGACUCAUCCUAAAAGGCACAUUACGCGCCCACACCGACAUGGUAACCGCUAUAGCCACACCGAUCGACAACUCUGACAUCAUCGUAACAUCCUCCCGCGACAAAUCAAUCAUCCUCUGGAAACUCACCAAAGACUCAAAAUCAUACGGCAUCGUACAGCGCCGUCUCGCAGGCCACUCUCACUUCGUCGAAGACGUCGUCCUCUCCUCCGACGGCCAAUUCGCUCUCUCCGGAUCCUGGGACGGAGAGCUCCGUCUCUGGGACUUAUCCACGGGCCUCUCCACCCCCCUGGAUAACCGUCAGAUCGUUUCUGCCUCUCGUGACCGUACGAUUAAGCUUUGGAAUACGCUUGGUGAGUGUAAGUAUACGAUCGCAGAGUCUGAUGGACAUAAGGAUUGGAUUAGUUGCGUUAGGUUUAGUCCCAACACCGUUGAGCCGACCGUUGUUUUGGCGUCGUGGGAUAAGACUGUGAAGGUGUGGAAUCUUGGGAAUUGUAAGCUGAAGAGCUCUCUUGCUGGACAUUCGGGGUAUGUUAAUACGGUGGCGGUUUCGCCUGAUGGUUCUUUGUGUGCGAGUGGCGGGAAAGAUGGGGUGAUUUUGUUGUGGGAUUUGGCGGAGGGGAAGAAGUUGUAUUCGCUUGAAGGUGGUUCGAUUGUUCACUCGGUUUGUUUUAGUCCAAAUAGGUAUUGGUUGUGUGCGGCGACGGAGAGUAGUAUAAAGAUUUGGGAUCUUGAGAGUAAGAGUGUUGUUGAUGAGUUGAAGGUUGAUCUUAAGGCUGAGGCUGAGAAGUGUGAUGGUGGUGUUGGAACUGGGAACCAGAAGAAGGUGAAUUAUUGCACAAGCUUGAACUGGAGUGCAGAUGGAAGCACAUUGUUCAGUGGCUACACUGAUGGAGUUGUCAGGGUUUGGGGUAUUGGUCGUUAUUAGACACAUGAGUGAUGAGUGUUCUCUAGUCUUUAAUUUUCUCCAAUUUUUCUAGGCUGGAACGUUUUAAAGUUGUAUUUUAUCUAUAAAUCCCUCGCAGACAUCUAUUUUGGCAAUUUUUGUUUAAUUUCAGAAAGAAAGAACAGUUCAAAUGUUUAUCUACGGCUUAACAUCACUCCUAUGAAAUGUCACGACUUUGUCUAUAAAAAACAUUCGUGAUCUUCGAAUUGCUUCAAUCUUAGCGGGA